UCUUACAGGUGUGACAACAAGAGAAUAGAAAAAGAAAGAAAGAAAUCCCUCAAAGGGAAAGAGAAAAAGAAGGAAAAAGAAGGCAAAGAAGGCAAACCUGAUAUUCCGUCAGGGUACUGAGCAAAAGGCACCAGGAACCACUGGUGCCCACCUCCCAGAAUGCAGUUCCUUAGUUUGGGGACAGAACAGUCCCAGAGAGAAGCGCACUGGUGUUCCGAUCGGUAGUGACAGGACGAUCCUGAGUGAACAGAAGAUGAAUCAGUGGGUAUUAGAAGACAGUGAGAGAUGGAUGGAUUUACUUGACCCAAAGAGAGAAUGCUGCUCUGCCAAAAUCAACUUUCUGAUGACAACAGCAGGGCCAAAAAUUUGACUCAGAAUUAGUAAGAGCUGAAAUCCUGAUUGCUUCUGGAGUUGUUGGAGGCUUCUGGAGAUGUACAUCAUAAGUUUGUACAGUGUUUCUGAAGAAGAAUGGUGUAACAAACGGAACUCUCUACAAAAAAACAUUUAUUGAGCACUUUGAGCAAGCACCAAUGUAUGUUGCUGUUCUUACGUUUGUGGGUUUUGGAGUGGGCACAAUAUUUGGCUACCUGCGAGAUUUUAUGAGAGCCUGGGGACUAGAAAAACGUAACGUUGCACAGGAGAGAGAACAACAAAAAGAUUUUGUGCCACUUUAUCAAGAUUUUGAGAACUUUUACACCAGAAACCUCUAUAUGAGAAUACGUGAUAACUGGAAUCGUCCAAUUUGCAGUGUCCCAGGGCCGCAGUUCGACCUCAUGGAACGCGUUACAGAUGAUUACAACUGGACAUUUAGGUUUACAGGAAGAACCAUCAAGAAUGUAAUCAAUAUGGGUUCAUAUAACUACCUCGGCUUCGCAGAAACAGAUCCUAAUGCUUUGAAAACUGUAACCAAAGAGCUACAAAGAUAUGGAACAGGAAUCUGCAGUACUAGACAAGAAAUGGGGACCCUAGACAAGCAUGUAGAACUAGAGAAUCUUGUGGCCAAGUUCCUAGGUGUGGAAGAUGCUAUGGUGUUCGGCAUGGGAUUUGCAACAAAUUCAAUGAAUAUUCCAGCACUUGUUGGAAAGGGUUGCCUCAUUCUAAGUGAUGAAUUGAACCACACUUCUCUCGUUCUUGGUGCAAGGCUUUCAGGUGCUACUAUUAGAAUCUUCAAACAUAAUAAUAUGCAGAGUCUUGAGAAGUUAUUGAGAGAUGCAAUAAUAUAUGGCCAGCCUCGAAGCCGCAGAGCAUGGAGAAAAAUUAUCAUCCUUGUGGAAGGCAUUUACAGUAUGGAAGGGUCCAUUGUGCAGCUGCCAGAGAUAGUCUCCUUAAAGAAGAAAUACAAAGCCUACCUCUAUUUGGACGAAGCUCACAGCAUUGGUGCAGUGGGAGCAACAGGACGAGGAGUUGUGGAGUACUUUGGUAUGAAUCCUGAUGAUGUUGACGUAUUAAUGGGAACAUUCACAAAGAGCUUUGGUGCAGCUGGAGGAUACAUAGCUGGCAAAAAGGGCCUCGUGGACUUCUUACGAACUCAUUCUCACAGUGCUGUGUACGCCACAUCUAUGUGCCCACCCGUGGCAGAGCAAAUCAUCAGAGCAAUGAAGUGUCUCAUGGGGUUAGAUGGAACAACGCAAGGGCUCCAGAGAGUGCGCCAGCUAGGGAAAAACACAAGAUACUUCAGAAGACGACUGCACGAAAUGGGCUUCAUCAUCUAUGGCAAUGAUGAUUCUCCUGUGGUCCCAUUACUCCUUUAUAUGCCUGGUAAGAUAGGGGCUUUUGCAAGACGCAUGUUAGAAAAAAAUAUCGGGGUUGUUGUGGUUGGGUUUCCAGCUACUCCUAUCACAGAGUCCAGGGCUCGGUUUUGUGUGUCAGCUGCACAUACACGGGAGAUGUUAGACACGGUUUUGAAUGCUCUGGAUGAAUUGGGUGAUUUUCUACAACUGAAAUAUUCACGAUAUUCCAAGUCAUCUCAUCCUGAACUGUAUGAAGAAAAUCGGUUUGAAUUUGAAGAUUAAGUUUUCCGCCCAUGAAGAGAACAUUAUGAUGCUAUGAAAGGGGGGAAAACCCAAAAACCAAAUAUGAAUGCAUUUCUUCCCUUCUAAGGACAGUUUUUGUUUCUCAGUUAAUUGAAAGGAGGGAAAGCUUGGUUUUUGCAUUUUAUUGUAUCAAAUUUCUGUAUUUAAGAGACUGAAAUAUUGAUACAGAUUUGCCUCCCAGGAGAUCUGUUCUUCUUAUGGUAUUUUUUAUGCAGAAUGAAUGCAUCCAUUGAUCAUGUUGCUAGCGUACAGCUUUUGUUACAGCCCCUUUUUAUGAAGAGGCUUCAGAUAGUCCUAAUUUUGACUGAAAGAAUAAAGGUUAAAAACCAAAUGGAUCCAGUGUAGUAUGGCAGUAUAACUGAGCUUCAUCAGUGAAAUUGAAUUCUGUCUGCUGAAGAGCAUUAAUCAAGACAUCACUGUGGAUUGCUACAGAGCAGAAAGUGACCUCUUAACUCAUUUGCCCUAUCGUGCCUUUUUCCAGGGACAAAAAAAAAGUUAGAAGACGGCUAAUGCUGAGAACAAGAAAAGUUACCUCAUCAGAUAUUUCUGACAACAGAUUAUGGGAAAGAGGAAUGUCUCCUCCCCUCCACAGACCCUUUCUCUGCCACUUCAACAUACUGUAAGCCUCAUAUUAUACAAAAGUUGGGGCUUAGAAAUAAAGAAAUGUUUUUAUUCUAAUGCAUUUGACCUACAGCCUUCCCCAUCUUAUCAUAACAAGAGCUCUUCAGCAGGCUUGCUCCCUUUUCAUGUAGCAGCAGUAAAUAAUUUUAAUAACCAUUUAACUUUCCCGUAAAAACCUUGAUCAAAACAGUCAGAUACUCGCAGUUCACAAACUGCAGAUGACAUUUAUGGGCCCAUUCCUAAGUUUCCUGAACUACUUAUGGGCUUAAUAAAUUCACUAACAAGUACAUAAUGCCCAAGUUGUUAGUUAUACAGAAUUGUGACAUUUGGGAUACCAUGAGCAGUUCUCCCACCUGCUAAAUUGAGAGCUCUGCCAUUCCUAACUGCACUAAGGUCGCCCACUUAAUAACAUUUCUUGAAAUGUUCUUGUCUGGUAUACGCACGUCAGGGGUGGUUUUGCUUGUCAAGCUGCAGGCUUUUUGAGUGGCUUAUUUUUCAAAUAAUUGAUUAUGUCAUCUGAGAGGAAGACGUCCUUGUUCUCCUUUCCACUACUCAAGUGACAAAUGCUCAAAGAUGCUUGGAGGAAAUGUUACAGUCUGCAGCUUCCCUGCAAUGCCUUCAGCAGCAGAACUGUCAGCCUCGUGUGGGCUGGGUAGUUGGAGGGAUAUUGUAGCUUUUUCCCUUUUCUGUGGUGUUGAAAAGUGGUUCUGCAGCUUUAAGAAUGAACUCCAAACCAUUCCACACUAUCAAAUGUCAUUGUAAACACAUCAGAUGAGAGAUGUUUAGGUUUCUGUUGCACAGAUGUACCACACUUUCAUGUUCUCUUGAAAGCUGUGGUGUAAACUUAACCCACAGCUGCAAUAUUAGAUUUAAGAACAGUACAAUUAAAUUGCGGAGUACCAAUUACACUAUAUUACUCUCUGCUUGUUAAAGCUGCUUUCAGGAUAUAACAAGGCUGAUUGGUUAUAAGGGGCCACUUUUUGUUGGGUUUUUGUUGUUGUUGUCAUGCAAGUUAAUAAAAAUCCAGUGGUGCUAUAACUUUAAGAACUGAUUACAACACAUUCCAUGAUACGAGAUGUUGGCUUUAGGAAACAUAUAUCAAGGGUUGGGGUGGGACUAAGUGGUGUCAUAUGAUUCUUCGCUCUGGUAGAUGGACUUGAAAAGCACUGCAGAGGUCCAAGGGAGUUGCGUUUGUGGAUAAGAGCAAAUUCGCUGUAUAAAUACUAAAAUAUCCUUGGACACGGGAUGUGGAGAAAUUAGGAAAGGUGGACUUUGUCUUUAGGUAACCUGGCGAUUUGUGAUUUACAGGCUACAUGCAGGGUGAGUGCACUACUACAAAGGAGAUGGGCUGAGAAAUUUUCACAACCUGUUCCUUGAGGAAAAGUACUGAGCGUGAUAUAUUGCAUUUUGAUCUCCGUUGCUGAACAUCUGCGGCCAGAUCCUCAGUUGACUUCUGACCUUCCAUCUUGGGGUGUCUGGCCGUAGUUUAUAUUUCAGCAAGCAUUAUUAUAUGUGCUGUUGCAGGCAGCGUGCUAUUUUCCUCAAAGAGAGGCCUGAGAUUGAUUAAGCUACAGAAUGAUCACUUUUUGUCCCCCUAUAGGGGAAUGUUUUCUGUCUAAGGCUGAAUUCCUUCUGCCCUCAGAACAUUACUCUCUCUCAUAUUAAGGAGACAGGACAGCUAUUUUUCAGAGACUGUUGGUUGAUUUAUUAUAUGCUUUCUUCUGAUUUCUUCCAUCCCUUACACAUUAGAGCAAGUACAGGCUGACUAUCCCUGGGCUUGGGGAACAUUCUGGGAGAAAUCCCUGCCCCACUGGUGCAGUAAUACAACCCCCAGGAACUCCAGACUCUUAGAUUUUUCCCCAUGAGGCUGAGUUAUGGUCUGGCACUGGUUGUUCCAUCAGUGUAAUUUCAGUGGAGAUUUUCCAGAUUUACAUCAAUUUUAGUAGAUUUAGAGCUGAUCACCACUUGGAAGUCCCUAUUUUAGCCAGCUUAAGAAAAAACUGGUGGAGUAUUUAUUAGGGAAUUAGCACAUCUAGCAUAAGGAUCACAUUUCCUGCAAUAUAUUCCAUCUUCAAGUGGGAGAUGUAGUUCUCUGUAAUUGUUUUAAAGGGUUUUGAAGAACUGUUUUCAAUAAAUAAAAAUUGCUCAAGUCAUCAUAUUUUAACCCAGCGGAAAUGUAAGUAUGUGUACAUCAACUUUUUGCUGGCAAACUACAGUUCCAGCAUCUCGUUAUCUUACCUAAAAUCUUGAUUGACCUUCAUGCUAGGGGAAGACUCCAAUUGUCUGUUUGACAAAGCAGCUGAAUUGUUUGCUCUUUCCUGUACGUUUAUCCCACCUCAUCUUUCAAAAAGCCUACAUUUCCUGAGCUUAUCUUAUUUGUCAAGGUGGUUCCCCCAUCCACUUCUCCCUCUUUACAUUGUUCUUUCUUUUCUGCAAGUUUCCGUCCUCCAGGUCUCGGGGAAAGCACACGGGCACCUGCAUGGGACCUGAAGCGUGUUAUCACUGGAUUGUAGGCAUUGCCUCUCUCUGCCUUGUUUUCCUGGUAUCCUCAUCAGCUCCUGCAGACCUUAAUCAUUCAUUCUGACAUAAAGGUUUCCUACUGCUGUUGCUAAGUUUCUCAGCUGCACCAUAUCUGACCUGCACAAGCUGCUGAACGAAGAGUGGGUUUGACCUAUUACUCACGCAGGUGUAGAUCAGGUUAAACCUUGCUUUGAAGUCAAUACCGUUAGUUUAAACCUGUAGCAACUAUAAGAGGGACCUGUCAGUGUGAGGUGAGCUGCCUGCAUCUAUUACUGAGGGAUCUGAACACUGAGCACUGUUUCACAGCUGCUGCUCUUCACAGAGGACCGUGACAUGGGAUUCGAUUUAUUUAAGGUAGGAUUUGAAUUUUCUUUCCCUUUUUCUUCUUUUUUCCAAAAUGUGUUUGCUUGAAUGGGCAUUGCAUAUUUCCCUGUCCUGCUGAGAUAGGGAAAAACAACAAAGUAGGAAAAACAGCCUACACUAAAGGUGUUUCCUUGAAUAUAUAUUUUCUAGCCUCCUUAGAAAUGCAAUAGCAAUCCUCUAAUAUAUGUUAAUCUGCUUUUUAUCUGUGCUUUAAGUUUAAUUGUUCUUCAAAUUAAACACAGAUCAGGACCAAAUUUUAAAGAAGCCACACUACAGGCUGAGAAAUGGCAGAUGCCAUCCCAAUAUUGGUAACUGAACAUUUCAGCCUCUAGGUAUUUUCUAAGGAGCUCAGAUCCCAAUGUUUCUCUCGUCUAAUACUGGUUGUGCUUGCUGCAGGCCAGUCACAAACUAAUGAGACUCUCACUCUCUCCAUUCUUAAAAUGGAGAUUCAGACCCAGAUCAGGACAGUCCCAAAGUGACCACGCAACUGACCACAUAAAAUAAGAAUUCAGCAACAUCAGAAUGAGAGCACAGGGCCUGAAUCAGACUGGAUGCUCAGCAGUUACCAAAGAGCUGAGCAUGUCUCUUUUGACGCACUGGCAGGACAUAGCAAGGGAGCAGUGAUAAAUCCAUCACAUGUUUGUCAAAUGGAAAGGUAACGGAAAGCUAAAUGAUCUGGAGAGACAUGGUAGAACAGAGUCUUAGCCUAGAUUUAAGUGUGGGCAAAAAUUUUUUUUUCUGUUAGCAAUGAAAGAGUUUUACAUUUUUUUAAAUCAGGUUUGAGGAAAACUUGAUCUUUGAUAUUCAGAUGGUGACUGUGAGCUAGGUAAAAAGAGAUGCUAUAGCCCAUGUGUGACUCCAGGUUGUUUAUGAUGAGAAGGCAGAAUAGAUUCAGUCUAUAGCAGAUGUCCCUGACGCUUAGUAUUCUCUUAUGUUUUAUAGAUAGUCACACCUACCAGAUGCUGCACAAAGACCAAGUAGUAUUAAUUACUAUCAAUAGACUCAAGUUCAACAGCUUGAGCUGCAGUGAUAACCAGGUUUGCAGUGAUGCUUGAGCCACCAUCUGCAGUGAACAGUAUUGGAGCUGAAAAUUGUUCAGAGGCGAUGCUAGUAUAAUCAUAUACAGAGUCUUUGAUGACUAUGAUGCCCUCACUGGGCAUCCUUGCUAAGGUGCCAAUGCUGCAGGUAGAUUUCUUUUUUUCAAGUACAGAAGGACAUGCUCUGUAGAUUAUUCCAGCAGAUAAGUUUCUUUCUGACAAGCUCAACCAGAAGGUGUUGCCAGGAAAUCUGGACUUUUGAAGGUAAGUCAAGUACUUGCAGUAACAGAAAAAAUGUUAUGUGUCACCGUGGAACAAAAGUGCCAGACAUGACAAGUGAAGUUUGCUUUUGUACCAUCCCACUGAGCAUUUCUCAAAGAACUUUUUGUGAAAAUUCUCUGCCUCUAUUACCCUGUGGGUAGGCCAGAACUGUAUGUAUCCUCCAGCUUCUGGAGCACCACACUAAUCUCUCGUGCUACAGCAAAGCAUUAAGCAUCAUUCAUUAUGUCUGCAGUCCUUACCUACCAUAGCUCCAUUUCUACUCCCAGCACAGCAGGCAGCAGGUCUGUUUUAUCUGGUGAGAGCACAGCAUGAAGUGGGCUGCUGAGCCUACUGGCUUCCAGCAUGAUGCUCUCUAGUCCCAGGCAGUGCAGUGAGUAAAUGGCUCUUGGCACAGGCUGGCUUUUGCUGUGCCGCAGGUGGUAGCCUCUUGUCUGAAGUGGGUUCUUCCUCUGCUGACCUUUCCAGCAGCUGUUCUGGAAUAGCACAGAAGUGAUGAAAUCAAUUGGAAUGUUACAAAAACGCAACUUCCACCGUGUGUUUCCUGGAGCUUGCUCAGGCACCACUUUGCCAUGUGUCCUACUCUCCCCGUGUUACCACACAAACCUCGUGAUGCCUUGGCUCACUGUGCAGUACUGAAACUGUUGUACAUAUUGCUGGGGAUCUUUCUUUCAUGUGGGAGUUGCUUAUGAAAAAUCUCUAAUACUAAGGGUACAGCCAGAGCACUCAGAAGAGGCAUGAUAUUUUUCAUAAUUCGUGAACCAUGUAUGCAUACUUUAGACAUUUCUCUAUCUGCAGAACAUGUGGAUCUCAACUCUCUGUCUCCCGCUGUAUAUUCCAGUGCCCAAAUGUUAAGAGUUCCUCUUCUCAGCCAGCCAGUAACGUAUGGACCAGCUCUCUAUGCUGGGUCUAAAAGAAUCCAUUUGGUUCUAUCUCCACCCUGCUGAGUAACUGUAGAUGAGAUGCAUUAAUGGUCUUUGCCUCACUUUUUUUUCCUCUGUAAAACUGUGGUAGUGAUCCUGAUUUAUUUGUAAAACACAAAGUUGAAUUGAUGAGAAGAGCUAUCAAAAAGCUAAGUGUUGUCAUUACCUGAGCAAUUUUUUCAUUUCUCCAUUAAUCCUGUAAAAGACACGAGUACUCUGCUUACCAGACCUAAUCUACAAGAUGGUACAAUGGUGAGGACUCAUUAUAAAUUAUAGAAAAGAAUUCUGGGAAAGAGAUCCUUUUGUCUUGCUCCAAUGAUGCCAAUUGGACUAGGAAGCUUUUUAAAAUGGAAAUUUAUCUUUACAUAGAUUUGUAGCCAAGCCUUUCCAGUUUGUUAAAAUGUAAUUAGUGUCUGCUUGUUAAUAUGAUGUUCAUUGAUUUUUAAAGUACACAGACUUCAAAGCUGAAAAUAAAUAAAUAAAGAGAGAGAUAAUUCAAACCAGAGUGGAACAGCUCGGACAGUUUUACUCUUUUGCCAGGAUCCCAAAGCUGUUGUGUUCAAACAAUGCCACAGUUUGAGUGGAAAUGUGAGAUUAAAUCCAAACCCUGCAUGUCAGCUUUUUUGCAAAUGACUAUCCAGGAUUUCACUAAAAUGUUCAACCACAAGAGAUCAUGUUGCAGGGUUUUUUAUUGCUUAACAGCUCGUGAUAGUCUUCUGUUUCUCUAUUAUGCAUAAUAGGGCUAGGUACCUACAGCCUAGUAAAUAUCAGUGGAAUGUUGGUACCUAACUCUGUUAGGCACUUUUGAAGAAAUAUUCCAAAUGGUCAGAAGAGGAAGGAGUUUACAAAGAUGAUGGAUGGUUACAGGAGCUCCCAGUGACAUCUCAAUGCAGUGUGGCACACAAGGGAAUGUACUCCGUAUGGAACAGAAUUUUAUCAUGGUAAUGGAGAAAACUGUGCAAGACUCAGGUGGAGGUAAUUUCAAAUUCAUGCAGAAGUUCAAAGCUGUGGCUGAGGAAUGACCUGAGGAGACUGCAAAACUUUAGAAAACACCAUCUGAAGAAGAAGGCUUGGAGGACAGAAAAGUGAAAAGAACCAUUCAGAGAAGAAGACUUUGCAAGUGCAAGAGAAAGAAUGGAAUUAGCCACUGCAGGAGAGAUGAAGCAGAGCAGCGCAUUUGUUUGGAGAAGGGUAACAUUUCAUUAUCAAAGAAAGGAAGGGAAAAUAUUCCCCAAAGACAAAACAAGACAGUGGAAACAGGCAGGAUUGAGACUCAACAGGACAGAAUGAGGGAGAAAAGAUUUUCAGACAAGCAAAAGAGAAGAGGAGAUCAUACCACACCACUGAGACUUGUGUGUCUGCGACUGUGGAUGAUUCUCUUAAUUGUUGAGAAUGAGGGAGGAACAAUGUCAAGCUGAAACGCGGAGAGAUGCCUUGUCUUCCAUUCCAGCUAGGAAUGUUAGAUGUACACCAGUGGCAAAGAGAAUAAGGAAAGGUGAUGGUGGCAAGGACUGUAUUUCAUUCAGGACAAAAUGGAAACAGGUAAAGGACAAAUCCAAUGGGAAUAGGACAGUGCUUUAAGAUAGAGAUGGCCCAGUAGUUUUUCAACUGAAUUCUUCCAGUUCCUGUGGAAAAUUAUAAGGGAAGGAAAAGUGAUAUAGGCUCUCAGAAAUAGAUCUGUGAAGGAAAUCUGAGGAUAUUUGGUAGCUGAGAGACCAACACCUGAAGCAGAUACUUCUCUGAGGGUGGUAUCCAUUUGGCUGCUUGUGACACCAGCCUUCCAGUGAGUAAAGCUAUCUUUCAGCUGUAAAACAGCAGGAAGUGGGUGCAAGAGUUCUGAUUUAACCAACAGGAAAAGAAAAAAAACUUGAUAGGAAAUAUAGUAAGGGAUGACAGUCUUCAAAAGAGAAAAGCACACUGAAAUAGAAGUAUUAAUCCUCCACCGGUCCCAGUAUGAGAAGAUAAUUUUCUCUAAAAAGUUGAAAAUUGCCAUUCACUUUGUAAUGGCAGAUUUACUGUGGGAUGACAUCCAUGGUGAGCACAGAAGGAGGUUAGCUGUGUGAUAGCAUCUCAGCCUUCAUUCCUGUACUGUAUACAAUGUAAGUGCUCUGAUCUCUUUGUGUUCUUUGAAAAUUGAGGGGCCACCUAAGAUUAUAAACUGCUUCAUUGUUAUCCCAGACAGUCUUGACAGGAGACGUAGUCAAUGAGAACACUGUCCCAAGAGCUUAAAAAAUAAUAAUAAUAAAGUAGAAAUGAUCAGAGACAAAUCACUGAGUUCAGGAUUAUCUGGUUGCUUUAGAAAUUAUAUUUUGCAAUAGUUUCCCCAUCUGAGUGAUCACACCAGAACCAGGCUGCAGGCAUGGCUUGAUUUAAACUUUCACAAGUAAGUCUUUCUUGCUGUGGCUCACUUAGAAUUAACCAAGAGCACAGAUAAAUGCAUCUCCAUACACAAUGGUAGCAGCACAGUUUAGAUGACAGUAGCUUUCAAAACAGGGUGAUAUUGAUCACUGUGAGGGAGCAGCAACUGCUUUCUUUGCUGUUUCUGAAGACAGCAGGGAUAGUUGCCUAUGAAUUUGUCCGUAGUUGCAGCACAUCUACAUAAGUUUAAGUCACCAGCAGCCAAAAUUAAAUCAAUGAAGAUCUUAGAAGUUUUGAAUGUGGAGUCAGUUCAAGUCCCCUCUAAGUCAAAAUUGAUUUUGAGGAUUUGCAUCUCAGCAGCAUACCAGCAAGGAAGUCCUGAGGAAUAGUAGUUGGUAGGGAGAAUGCUCUUAGAAUCACAGAAUGACAGAAUAUCCCGAGUUGGAAGGGACCCAUAAGGGUCAUCAAGUCCAACUCUUGGCUCCACUUGACCCAGCUGAUUAAGUAAGCCUCUCACCAAGAGUAUAAUAAGUUCAGAUGCUAUAGGUACAGAACAAAUGGCAGAGCAGCAGAGAGAAGCAAUCCUGCAGUAAAUAACCAGAGGGACAAAGUGAAAAUUGCCAAAUACCAACCUAAGAGAAAUGGUGCAAAUGUAAUGAAAGCAGAUUGUAACAGGUCUGUUAGCCAUAAAAAGAGAAGCAAAGAAUCGAGUUGUGAUAUAGGAGCCUGGAGAAUUUUCUGCACGUGGCAGCAGCUAAAAAAGUUUAUGAUAUGGUUAUGAAUGUGCCCCGAGGAUCCCAGUGUGGUGGCAGAGGUCAUGGGCAGCCUUUGCUGGCCUGCCUUUGAAAUAGGACCUGCAGGACUGAGAAGUACAGUGCAAAUGAGUAAAGAAAAAGCAAAAGGCAAUAUUGGAAAGACCUGAAGUAAUUAAGGAAAGAGGAGAUGGCGCUCAGAAGACCCUGAAAAACACUGAUAUAAGGAACCAGAGACUUGUGAGGGUGAUCAAGAGUUAGCUUAGGCAAAGCACAAUGAAAACUUGCCAGUGGAAGAGGAGUUGUAAGGUGGGUCAGAAUCAGUCAGCAAAGGAUUAGGUAACACACUCAGGGAUAGAGUGAUGCUGGGUGUAGGGGAUUGAAUUUGAGGACCGACGAUGCUCUGUCCAGCUUAAUCGUCUACGAUUCCAUGGAGACAGCAAUGAAAGACCUGCAUUGUCUGAGAACUAAUUUUGUUAGCUAUGGGCUUAGGGCACGUAUUACAAAUAGAUCUCUUUUAUGUGGGAUUCUAGUUUGGAGUUUGUAGUGAUUGAUGGAUUCAUUAAAACGUCAUCACUGAUGCAGACAAGAAUUUUCAGUUUAAAAAUAAAUGAAUGACAACAGAAGCUGCAAAAAAAACCCAACCUUCUGCUUUUCUGGUUGAUUCUCUGUGCAGCUUACUGUGGUUCAGGAGAGUGCUUAAUGGGUGAGAGAGGCAGAGAAGACAGGGUCAGUAAAGAUUGGGAAGAGUUGUCAGCAUUUCAUUUAGAUCUUUGGCUACUUGUUCCUCUUAAAUUCUGCCUCCCACUAUCCUUCUCUUUGUUUGUCUGAAUGUCAUAAGAGCAUCAUUCUGGUGCUGAAUAAUAUUUAUUCUGUGAUCUCCUUUUUGGUCUGGAAAAGGCAUCUGGCCAGAGUCUCAGGUAGUUAUUGUACAGACAUGAGCAGAGUUGCAGUUGAAGAUCCAGCCCACUGGAUUACUGCUUGUACAGCUGUGCUGUCUUUUUAAUGCUAAAUUAAUCAAUAUAGAAAGAUUUUUCUCCACAGAAUUUGGCUGUCAUUCCUUUGACAGUAUGUUAUAUCUUCAAGUAGAUCCCAUGGGCCAAAUUAAUUCUAGUGUUCUACUGAUGUCAAUGAUGUUACCCUGAGUGUGAAUUUGGCCCCAUUGUUCUAAGGCUAAUAGAGAUUUUUUAUAAUGAAAGUGGAUCAUAAAAUAUUCUCAGAUUUUCAUCUGGUUUUGCUUACAGUAAUUAUCCUUUCCUGAAGUUGAGUAGUAAAGAAAAUAUUCAUAUUCUCCAGUGUCUGGUAUAAAUUGCCAUGCUUGCUUGCUGCAGCCCAAGACACAAGUUACAGGCAGAAAUGGAUGUAUUUGCCUAUGUGUAUAUGGCCAGAGUUAGCCACUUUCUGCAAACGAGAACCAUAGGAAGCAGGGCUUUGAAAGUGCUCUACUAUCAGUGCUGUGUCAGUGAAACACUGAUUUUUGGUGUCUUUAUACUUCAGAAAGAAACUUUUCUGGCAACCAAUGCACCAAGGUUACAGUUAAUGCCAUC